UACUUAUCUCCCACAGUUCUUCCUCCUGAUCUUUACAAGACCAUUGGGAAUUUCAGCUGCAGGGGACCAUGGAGGAGCUUCAGAGGCAACCAGGCGACAUGAUCGAGGGCAAGCCCAGGAAGGUGAGGUUUAAGCUGGCCUCGUCGUACAGCGGCCGGGUGCUAAAGCACGUGUAUGAAGAUGGACAGGAACUGGAUAGUCCAGAGGAGCAAUACCCUCACAGCUUCAUCCACACCAAGAUGGAGAUGGGACAUCUGUGUGGCUUAGAAGAUAUGCAGGACCAGAGUUUGUUCCCUCCGACAGGCCUGAUUGCCCAAAGGAUAAACGUCUAUCGAGGGGUGUCGGGAUGCAACUCCCUGGCAUGUGGAGAUCUUCCAGAAGGGGAUAAUAAAGCACCAGUACUAGAUUUUGGAAAGAUUAUUAUCUACACCAGCAACCUGAAGAUUGUUCGAGCUCCUCACAGAAGGGGAGAAUCUGGAAGGAGUCCUCACCGCAGCCGGGACAGGAAAGAAAGUUCACCAGGACGCAAAGGGAGCAAAGGGAGACAUAGACCAGCACGUCCCCAUGCAGAGGAACCAGACGCAAUGACUGAAGAAAAGCAGGAAUCAGGCUCCUGUGAACAGUGCGGAGGUUCAGGUUGUGCGCCGUGCUCCCUCUGUCACGGCAGCAAACUGUCCAUGUUGGCCAACCGCUUCAACGAGUCAAUCAGAGAGCUGCGCUGUCCAGCGUGCAACCCCCACGGCCUAGAGCGCUGCCAGUCCUGCACACACUAGCACAUCUACUACUGCCAAGCUCUGUCGGAUGGAGAUCAAACCCUUUGAGGUGUGAACGAAAGUGCAUUUUGGAUUAGUGCUUAAAUAUAAAAGCUUGAGGGCGGAAUGUGCUCUGCUGGAAAGUAUGGCGAUGAAAGUUAAUAAAGAUUCACUAGACAACCGGUUAACGGUUGAUACUUAAUCAGGAAGGAACUGGAAACUCAAAGAGGGGAAAGGAACAACAGAGGAAUGGAGAGAAAGGUGUUCAUUACCUUAUGAGAAAUAUACAUUGUACAUGAUACUGUAUAUGAGACAUGAAUAUUUUUUGAACGUGAACAAAUUAAACACUAUAGAUGAUAGAAGACUGUUUCUGCCUCUGAAUAAAAAUAAAAAAAAGAGGAAAAUGAAAGUUUUGUCUCACAAUUAUUUUUUUCUCA